AUGGGGUCCAAGAAUGGCGACCCUCGACAGAUUGAUGGUAUCGGUGGAGCAACCUCGACGACAUCCAAAGUUGCAGUCGUAUCGCCUUCUCGAAGACCGGGAAUAGACGUUGAGUACACAUUCGCACAGGUUGCGGUGGGCAAGCACAAAGUCGACUAUAGUGGGAAUUGCGGCAAUAUUGCCAGUGGCGUAGGCCCAUUUGCCCUAGAUGAAGGAAUUGUACAAGCAAUCCCAGGUCAAGAAUUUGUCGACAUUCGGAUCUUCAACACCAACACUGGACGUGUCUUGGUAGAGACCAUCGCUGUAGAUGAGGAUGGGUAUUUUCUCGAACAAGGAGAUUAUCGCAUCGCAGGUGUUUCGGAUUCUGGCACCGAGAUCAAAGUUGCAUUCAUUGACCCUGCAGGGUCGAUGACUGGAAGGCUAUUACCAACUGGGAAUACCGAAGAUACAGUCACCGUCGAAACUCCGACUGCGUUGUCAGAGCCAUUCAGUGUUCAAGCCACACUCAUCGACGCGGCAAACCCGUUUGUCAUUGUCGAUGCUGAAAGCCUCCCUUCAUCGUGCGUACACGGAAGUGAGCAGUGGUUAGAGACGAUUGAGGAUAUUCGACGGAAAGGAGCUAUCAUGAUGGGCUUAGCCGAGAACAUCCAGCAUGCUGCCUCGACGCGCGGGACGCCCAAGAUCAUGAUGGUGUCGUCUCAACAAAAAUCCGAUGCCAUGCGAAAAUUCCAUUCUACACCUGAUAUAUCCGUCCUGUCUAUGAGCAUGGGUCAGGUACAUCCAAGUGUUCAACUCACUGGUGCUGUUUGCCUUGCGGCCGCUGUUCGCCUGGAGGGGACUGUCGCCCACCGGGCCCGUCGAAACAGAAAAGUGCUGAACAAUCUCUUGGUGCAAAUGGGAAAGAAUCAGCCUGAAGACUUGCAUUCUACGCGAUCUCCAGAGACAGUACUGAUCGCACACGGAAGCGGACAGAUUCCUGUGGAGGUACAUCUACGAGGCCAAGACGAGGUCGACAAAUGUGUUGUUUCGAGGACAGCGAGGAGGCUUUUUGAGGGAAAUGUGCUGUUUUAUACCUAA